CUCAGAAGCCUGCCUCCUUCCGCACCAGGUCAGGGGAUCUGGCCCCCUGGAAGCACUUAGGAAACGCCCCAGCUCAGAGAUUUCCUUGGGACCCCUGCCCUGCCCCUGGUGGGAGAAUCUGAGGCCUCCUAGUGAAAGGACACAGCUCAGGAUGGGAAGUAAAUUCCUCCACCGCACGUCAUCUGCCUGGUCCUUGGUCACAUUCCAGGAACCUUGCCAGUUAAAUUCCUUAUUAACUCUGGAGUCGGUUAUACUGCAAGAAAGGAAGGUGGGGGCCGCCCCAGGCUCUCUUUCCCUCAUUUCUGUUGCCUUACCUGUGAAGUGGGACAAGCAGAUCCACCAACAGACCGCAAGGGCUUGCUGCCCCUGACAGGCAGAUGAAGACGAUCCCUGGCUGGUCUGGGACUCAUUCAGGGCCUGCUGAAGCCUCUCAGAGGACCCCCUUCCCAGCCUCUGCAGUUCCUGCAGCUUCUAGGAGGUAUAACCCCACAUCCCUGCCCCCUGGGCCACCUGCAGCCCGCUGGAGAGAGAUGAGUAGCAACAAAGAGCAGCGGUCAGCAGUGUUCGUGAUCCUCUUUGCUCUCAUCACCAUCCUCAUCCUCUACAGCUCCAACAGCGCCAGUGAGGUCUUCCAUUACGGCUCCCUGCGGGGCCGCAGCCGCCGGCCUGCCGACCUCAAGAAGUGGGGCAUCGCUGACGGCUAUGUCCCCAUUCUUGGCAACAAGACACUGCCCUCCCGGUGCCACCAGUGUGUGAUUGUCACCAGCUCUAGCCACCUGCUGGGCACCAAGCUGGGCCCUGAGAUCGAGCGGGCCGAGUGCACAAUCCGUAUGAACGAUGCGCCCACCACGGGCUACUCAGCCGAUGUGGGUAACAAGACCACCUUCCGUGUAGUGGCCCAUUCCAGCGUAUUCCGUGUGCUGCGAAGGCCCCAGGAGUUCGUCAACCGGACCCCUGAAACCAUAUUCAUCUUCUGGGGCCCCCCAAACAAGAUGCAGAAGCCCCAGGGCAGCCUCGUGCGUGUCAUCCAGCGGGCAGGCCUGGUGUUCCCCAAUAUGGAGGCCUAUGCUGUCUCUCCCAGCCGCAUGCGCCAAUUUGACGACCUCUUCCGGGGUGAGACAGGCAAGGACAGGGAAAAGUCCCAUUCGUGGUUGAGCACCGGCUGGUUCACCAUGGUGAUUGCGGUGGAGCUGUGUGACCAUGUGCAUGUCUAUGGCAUGGUCCCCCCCAACUACUGCAGCCAGCAGCCCCGCCUGCAGCGCAUGCCGUACCACUACUAUGAGCCCAAGGGGCCGGAUGAGUGUGUCACCUACAUCCAGAACGAGCACAGCCGCAAGGGCAACCACCACCGCUUCAUCACUGAGAAGAGGGUCUUCUCAUCCUGGGCCCAGCUGUAUGGAAUCACCUUCUCCCACCCCUCCUGGACCUAGGCUGCCCUGCCUGUGGGGCUCUUAGGGACAAGGAGACGGGCUUUCCACUCAGCCACUCAACCAGGGGCCAUCGUCUGGCCUGUGGAGGCUGGCCGGAGUGUCUUCUGGCCAAUCUGGGCCUUGUAGAAGACUUACCCUCCAGCCAGUGAGGGCUGGGGGGUGUCUCUUGACCAAUCAGGGAUUUGGGCUUCUAUGUGGUUAAUCGGGGUGUUAGGGUACUUCUUGUCCAGUCAGGGUCUAAGCAUAGUCAAUCAGGGUAUUUCUGAGUAAUCUGGGGCUAAGGACAUGUCCUUUCUCUUGAGGCCUUGGUUCAGGGCCCCAGGGUGGACCCCAGAUCACUCCCUAUUAGCUGGGACACUGGGGUCCCAUCCCGAGCAGCUGGGAACUUCAUGUGGCCCCUUCACUCCCCAGAGCUAAGAGGAGGUUGCGUGAGGGUGGGAGCUGUCUGGAGGCCGGGCUGGGGCAUUGUUGGGGUUGUGGGGGUUCCGGAGGUGGGAGGUCGGCAUCUGGGUCCUGGCUCUGCCCCGAGUGGCCUUGGACAAACCCCUUGCCCCCUCUGUCACCCUUCUGCCUGUGUCAGGUUCUAAUGUGGAGUCUGAGACCCCCUCCCACCUCCCCCACUGAUAGCCUGGGGUCUGUCCCCACAAGGAAAGACUGGGCCCUUCCAGCACCAGCCCUUGCUGGGGGACUCAGCUUCCCUAAGGCCUGGGGUUCCCUUCCCCACUGCCUCCUGGAAACAUAAGGGUGUUUUUGUGCAGACACUCCCAGGGUUUGGGAGACUCUGGCAGGAACCCGAAGCAGCUGUUUUCUUAGCCCCUCCACCCAGCUGCCCCUUGCUUGGCUCUUGAAGAGCCAGGCCCCCUUUUCUGUCAUCAGCAGUGAGGCUUUCCACCUGUCAGAGGAGCCUUUGGGGCUGAGAAAGGGGAAACCCAGCCAAAUGUGGUUUCAUGCAGCCCCUUUGUCUGCAAUUGCUGGAGUCUUCCAAGGGUCUCCCCAAACUGGGCCUGGGAAGGCUCCAGGGGUUUAGGAGCUGUGCCACCUGGGUUCUGUCCCCUCACUCAACAUCAGGCACUUUAUUGCUGGGCCUCAGUGGGCUGGGUUUGCCCCCCUGCUCUUCCAGAGCCUGGAAGGAAAACUGGAGGGCUUCCUGGAGAAGGCUGUGGAGUGGGAGGGGUCAGGUGGAGGAGGGGGAGGCCAGUAGCAGCCAUUGCACACUGGAAUGGGGCGGGGUGGGCCUGCCACUGCCCCAGAGUUGGUUUUGUAUGAUUUGUACAGGAAUAAAUGCAUCUAAGCUCUGGCUGUGGUUCCUGAGUCUCCCGGAUGCCCCCUCUGG